UUUUGUACGGAGAAUCAAUGUAUGCAUGCCAUAUAGGAGGACUGUGUUGAAGAACGUAAAAUCACCUGUCGGAAAUUUGACAAAAUAAAAUACAGUAUAUAAGGAAUGCUCCGCUACGAAUAGCACUGAUGGAUUUUGCGAUCGAACACCACGGGAUUUUCCGUGGUGUUAGAUGGUUUCUGGGGUGAUGCAUGAUUUGGGGCAUCGCUUUGAUCUCAUUCGAAGUAUUUUGAUGUGUCUCUGAUGCAGUUUUACGGUGUUACUCAUCUGUUUAUUCGGUUUGUUUGAUUGGAUUGUUUACGUGUAUCGCUUCAUAGUUUGCUCCAUCGUUUUUGUUUGAAUGUCAGCUGCUGAAGUUUUUGUUUACUUAACCGAUCAGGUAGGCUAGUUACAUCCAGAACUGAAUCCCGAUUUGUCUUGGUGAUUGACAAUGGGUGGCGUAGUGGGAAAGAGCGAAAGUUCUAGGAAGUUUUCGAUACAUGAAACGAAGCUAGAGGCGAAGAUGGUUGAAGCUAUGCAGCGCAGAGCAGCGAAGGGAAGUGUUAUGAAAUCGUUUAACAGCCUCAUCUUGAAGUUCCCAAAGAUCGACGAGAGCUUAAGAAAUUGCAAGGCUAUUUUCGAGCAAUUUGAUGAGGAUUCGAAUGGUAUGAUCGAUCAAGAAGAGAUGAAAAAAUGUUUCUCUAAACUGGAAGUCUCUUUUACAGACGAGGAGAUCAUUGAUCUCUUUGAGGCAUGCGAUAUUAACGAGGAUAUGGGAAUCAAGUUUAACGAGUUCAUCGUUCUUAUUUGCCUCGUUCAUCUUCUUAAGGAUGACAACAAAGCCGUUCACACUAAAUUGCAACUGGGGAUGCCGGAACUGGAGGCCACGUUUGAAACACUGGUAGACGCGUUUGUGUUCUUGGACAAGAACAAGGAUGGUUAUGUCAGCAAGAGUGAAAUGGUCGAGGCCAUCAACGAAACUACAACAGGAGAACGUUCCUCCGGCCGCAUAGCCAUGAAAAGAUUUGAAGAGAUGGACUGGGAUAAAAACGGAAUGGUGAACUUCAAGGAGUUUCUGUUUGCGUUUACUCGAUGGAUUGGAAUCGACGAUCUUGAGGACGAGGAUGAAGACUGAACGAGAGGUAGAGGGUUCGAUAACUUUAACAGUGCCCUAGUUGAUACAGAGCAUGUAAAAUGUUACGAUGAGUCCUUCAUUUAGAUGACCAUGUAAAUAAUUUGAAAUGCAGACUUUUUAAAAUUCUCGUCGUCGACAAUUCAUAUUUCACUUUAUAGUA